AUGUCCGAGAUGGGCUUUGAGAAUGUGUUUUACCUGGAGAACUUUGAGUGCUGUGGCGACGAGGUGCUAGUGGAGUCGUCGCCGCCCGCCUCGCCGGUCAUGGCGGCGCGGCUCGCCCAGCCUGCGCAGGGAGCGGGCGCGGGCGGCGGCGCGUCGCCGAGCGCCGUGCGGGAGCUCAUCGUCAUACCGGAGAUCUCCAACACCAUCAGCCUGCAGCAGGCCAUACAACAGGUGUCAAGCACGGUGGUGGAAGUCAACGGUGACAGCUCCGGCCACUCGAGCCCUACGACGGAGGCCCAGCACACAUACAUUACUGUAGCAAUGCAGGACGAAUGGCAGCACGAGAUCCACCCAUUGCCCGUCAAGGCCGAGAUCCACAGUGACCAAGAAAGCGAGGGCAGUAAUGGGGUCAACUAUCAUGUGCAAUACGUGGAGCCGCAGGAGAUCUACACGCAGGGUCAUGAGACGCAUAUGGAAACCCUACGCUCCUACCCCGUGUACGGUGUCGCAACAGUCAACGCGACCGAGCAACCGACGGAAUCAUGGAGCGCCGACGAAUUCUCAUACAGCGUGGUGGCAGGAACUGAUGAGGCUACAUCGCCCGCGCCCGCUUCGGCUACACCGCCGCAGCCGCGUAUGCCGCCCGCCACCGUGCAGUGGCUGCUUGAUAACUACGAGACUGCCGAUGGCGUAUCUCUGCCCCGGUCAACUCUGUACGCGCACUACCUCAGACACUGUUCCGCGCACCGACUGGACCCGGUGAACGCGGCAUCCUUCGGCAAACUCAUCCGGUCCGUGUUCGUCGGACUUCGGACCAGGCGGCUCGGCACUAGGGGCAACUCCAAGUAUCACUACUAUGGCAUCAGGGCGAAAGCCAGUGUUCCGGCUUCGCCGCCGCCCGACCCCAACGACGACAAGGCUGAUGUCCAAGAUAUGCAGGAGUCCCGCGACCGCGAGGCGGAGGCCACGGCCCCCGCGGGCGGCGUCCCCGGCCUCGCGCACCGCCAGUACCUCGGCGCCGUGGUCGCCGGCUCGCCGCCCGCGCCGCCGGCCCUGCCGCCCGCCGCCGCGCAUGAGCUGCCGCCCUCGUCUCUCACGGCACUGCAGGAACACCACCGUGAGCACGGCGUCGAAUUCCUCGAAGCCGUGGCGGCGCUAGAUAUAGCGGCCGUGGAGCGCUCGCGCCGCAACUUCUGGCGCAGGCCGCCGGCAGCACUGUGCCGCCGCGUGCUGUACCGGCUCGCUGCGAGGAAGGACGUUGCUGCUUGGUUGCGAAGAGCCGAUUUAGAACUCUAUCAGCGGGCCGUGGAGUUGUUACUACCCGAUGUUUUACGGCCGAUACCGCCGCAGCUAACACAGGCAAUCCGCAACUUCGCAAAGAGCCUAGAGUCUGCGCUAGCGGCGGGGUCAGGCUGCGCGCCGGCGGCCGCGAGCCGAGCGCAAGCGUCGGCGGCGGCGGCGCUAGCGGCAGCGUUGCGGCGCUACACCUCGCUCAACCACCUUGCACAGGCUGCGCGCGCCGUGCUCGCUAACCAGCACCAGAUACAACAGAUGUUAUCCGAUUUGAACCGUGUGGACUUCCGCGUGGUGCGCGAGCAGGCGGCGUGGGCGUGCUCGUGCGGCAGCGCCGCCACUGCGCACCGCCUCGAGGCCGACUUCAAGGCCACCCUAGGGCGCGGCGCAACCCUGGAGCAGUGGGCCGCGUGGCUAGAAGGGUGCGUCCGCGGCGCUGCAUUAGCGGAGCAUGAGCAGCGGCUAGACUACACGGCUCGAGCUCGACGCUUGUUGCUCGACUGGUCGUUCUACUCGUCGCUAGUUAUACGCGAACUUACACUACGAUCGGCGGCGUCGUUCGGCUCGUUCCACCUGAUCCGGCUGCUGUACGACGAGUACGUGUCGUACCUGAUCGAGCGCCGCGUGGCGCAGCACCACCGCGCGCCGCCCAUCGCCGUCAUGCAGCGCGCGCCGGAGGAAGAAGAAGAGGUAGCCGAAGAGCCUCCCCGGGAGGACGAGGAGGAAGGCGAAGGCGACUGGGACUGGGGCGACGACGACGAAGAAGAGGACGAGCCGCUGCCCUGCAAGAAGGGCAAGCCCGAGUGAACGCCCGCUGGCUCCAGUAAAUCCAAUAAAACUUCAAACAAGCUUCAGGACAGUAAGACUGUUUUUUCUAAUUCGAUCCUACUUCUCGAAGUCAGGCCGAGACAAAACGACGACGAGCUAAGCGUCCAGCGGCCCGCAUUGCGUUUUUCAUCACCGAUAUGCAGAUUGCCAUUUUCGUCCGCUGCAAUAUUCGAUGGAAUGUGUCACCUGGACGCCUACCUUUAGACGAUCUGCUACCUAAGAGUUGCAAGGCCAAGCUGGAUAAUAUAAUAUAUAUAUUAGGCCUGUAUUUUUUUUAUCCGCCAAUCGAAUACACCCCAAUUUCUUCCUACUUUAUACUCUAAAUCCUUGUCCAUUUUAUACUAACUUUUACUGUCCUGCAGCAUGAAAUUAGAAACAUUAAGGUUGAAAUGUUUGCUUGUCCAGCACAGCCUGACUAAUCCAGCUUGGCUUUGCGACUCUUAGGUAGCAGUUCGUCUAAAGGUAGGCGUCCA